CGAUAGACAGUGAGGGUGACAACGUCGGGGCACAGUGAGAAGUUACUUGGCCCGAGGAUUACCGGCGCUUCAAACACGUGGACAUGUUUGCACCUACGAAACCGAUGUCAUCAGGAUGCUUCUCAUCGAAGCAACGCGAAACAAGUGUUUCUUCGUCGAAAGGGGUGCCGCUGGCCUACACGCUUUACGAACCGGACGAUGGCGAGUCGUGCAAGGCGCCCCCCGUCAUAUUCCUGGAUGCCAUCCUCGGAGUAAGGAGCAGUUGGAGCGAGCUUUCGCAGGCCAUCGCCAAUCAGACGGGACGAAAUGUGUACGCUGUGGACGCGCGCAACCACGGCGACAGCCCCCACGCACCAGACAUGGACUACGCGCUUAUGGCCGCUGAUGUGGAGCUUUUCAUGCGCGACCGUGGGUUGCCGAGAGCCGCCUUCAUUGGUCACAGCAUGGGCGGCCGGACGGUCAUGCGCCUAGCGCUCAAAACGCCCUCCCUGGUCGAGCGCAUAGUGGUGGUGGACGUGGGCCCGUCCUCGGUGCCCGCCAUCGUGGGCGACUACUUCCUGCCGCAGCAGCUUGACGCCAUGGACGCCGUCCUGCCGAGACUCUCUCCGGACUUAAGCUUCGACGAGGCCUAUCGAGAGGCCGACCGCAUUCUCGCUGGCCGACCGACUCUUGAGAACCCCUCCAUGCGCUCGCUCUUGCUGGCCAACCUGUGGCGGAACGGGGACCGCUACGACUGGAAAAUGAACGUGGAGGUCGUCAGGCGAAGCAUCGGGACGCUGGUGCGCGCGGAGGACCUCAAGGGCCUUACGUCGUCCGAUGUCGACGCGUUGUUCAUCUGCGGAGGGUUGUCUCCUUACGUCCCGAGUGCCGAGCAUGGGGCGAUCCGGCGCUUGUUUCCCAAGGCCCGCAUCGUGAGCGUCGAAGGGGCGGGCCACUGGGUGCACCGGGACAAACCCGCUGCUUUCCUCAGCUUCGUCAAGGACUUCAUGGCGCAACAAUAAAUUAUGCCUCGGCUGUCCACAGCUGGCGUCGCGACGUUGCGCGCGAUACUGGCUCGCUGAUAAGACGAGCGGAGUGCGUAUACGCAA